UAUGGAAGGGGAACGAGUUCUAUGAUUUUCUCUUAUUUCGCCGGCGAAGAUACACAUGUUUAUUAUCAUUGAGCAUGGCGGUUCUUACUAAUGUCCAAGAUGUUCGUGAAAUUACCAAAAUUGAGCGCAUCGGUGCUCAUUCCCAUAUCAGAGGUUUAGGACUGAGCGACAACUUGGAAGCUCGUCAUGUAUCCCAAGGUAUGGUUGGCCAGGAAAUGGCCCGUAGGGCAGCUGGCGUUGUUCUGGAGAUGAUAAAAGAUGGCAAGAUAGCAGGUCGUGCGGUUUUGCUAGCCGGACAACCUGGCACAGGAAAAACAGCCAUUGCUAUGGGACUGGCGCAAGCCCUGGGUGCAGAUACCCCUUUCACGUCGAUGGCUGGUUCUGAGAUUUAUUCUUUAGAAAUGAGUAAGACGGAGGCCCUACUUCAGUCUAUCAGAAAGUCCAUCGGUGUUAGAAUCAAAGAGGAGACAGAAAUUAUAGAGGGCGAGGUGGUGGAGAUCCAAGUUGAUAGGCCGGCAACUGGAGUGGGAGUGAAAGUUGGCAAACUGACAUUAAAAACAACUGAAAUGGAAACGAUAUAUGAUUUAGGAAACAAAAUGAUCGAUUGUUUGAUGAAGGAGAAAGUGCAAGCUGGUGAUGUUAUAACAAUCGAUAAAGCAACAGGAAAGAUCAACAGACUCGGACGGUCCUUUACGAGAGCUCGAGAUUACGAUGCAACUGGUUCUCAAACGCGUUUCGUUCAAUGUCCGGAGGGCGAAUUGCAGAAACGCAAAGAAGUUGUUCAUACGGUGACUUUACAUGAAAUUGAUGUAAUAAAUAGCAGAACUCAUGGAUUCUUAGCGCUGUUCGCCGGAGAUACCGGAGAGAUUAAAUCGGAAGUGCGGGAUCAAAUAAAUGCUAAAGUUGCCGAAUGGCGAGAGGAGGGUAAAGCGGAAAUCGUGCCAGGCGUACUUUUUAUCGACGAGGUACACAUGUUGGACAUCGAAUGUUUUUCAUUUCUCAAUCGGGCACUGGAAAAUGAAAUGGCUCCAGUUGUGAUCAUGGCAACAAACAGAGGUAUUACAAGAAUCAGAGGGACAAAUUAUAAAAGUCCUCAUGGAAUGCCAAUUGAUUUAUUGGAUCGUAUGAUUAUUGUUCCGACAAUUCCAUAUCAAGAGAAAGACCUAAAGGAAAUCUUGAAAAUAAGAUGCGAGGAAGAAGAUUGUGAAAUGGCUGAUGAUGCUCUGACAGUGUUAACAAGGAUCGCUUUGGAAACCUCACUAAGAUACGCAAUACAAUUAAUUACUACGGCUUCUCUGGUUAGUCGCCGAAGAAAGAGUACAGAAGUUAAUAUUGACGACGUAAAACGUGUCUAUUCUCUAUUUCUUGAUGAAAAUAGAUCUACGCAAUUUCUUAAGGAAUAUCAAGAUGAUUUUAUGUUCAAUGAAUUCCCUACUGCAGCUGGGGAUAUGGAUGUUUCUCCAUAGAGAAUUAAAAAGUAUAGAAGUCGAAUUUUUUUCAUUAAGUUCUAUAUUUUACAAUAUUCAUCUAUAAUUAUCAAAGAGUAAUUAUAUUAGAAUGUUUUAUUUUUAUUACAUGAAAAACAAUCGAGACACA